AUGCUUCGCCUCGGCCUUGCCCUCUUUACCCUCGUCACUGGCGCUGUCGCCACUCUUGAGACCCACAUUCGCCCCUCGGGCACCAGCCCCUCGGCUUCGCACACUUUUGCUAGCCGUGCCACAAAGGUUACCGGCUGCACGUGCUGUGGCUACGAUGUCACCUUUGGUGACGGCCUGAGCACCCCCACCUACUACUUUAUCCUCAACUGGGCCAACGGUCCCGGCUCGAGCAACGUCGGCUGGUGCUUCGAGGAAGGUGUCCUCCUCGCCGACGAGCAGGCCUACAUUCUCGAGGCUCUCCAGACCAACACCUCGAACGCGCGCGUCGAGUACAAGGGUGCCCGUGCCUUCUGUGACCUCCAGGGCAUCUACGACAACGAGGCCUGUGUCGCCUCCAUUGUCGAGGGCUACUCCGACUUCAUUGUCGGCUACGACGGCACCACCACCUCCGAGUGGAUCGAGACUGGCUGUGGCUACCCUCCCGCCAACUUUGUCCCUACCGACUGCUACUGUGGCUGGGAGUGCGACUCGGGCUACACCAAGUGCGGCAACCAGUGCAUCGACCUCACCACCACCGUCUGCGCCUCGGGCACCGCUCAGGCUCGUAACCUCCGCAGUGUCGUCCCCGUCUGCGCCAUUGGCGAGUCGACUUGCCAAGUGCCCAACUACGGCUACGCGUGCGUCGACACCGCCUCCAACCUCGAGUCGUGCGGCGCUUGCCCCUUCUCCCCGGCGUCGGUCGACUGCACGACCAUCCACGGUGUCGACGCUGUCAGCUGCCACAACGGCAAGUGCGUCGCCGAGUCGUGCACCAAGGGCUUUGAGCUUGUCGACGGCGAGUGUCUCUAA